AUGGCAGAAGGAACAGUCUCCAUGGACGACGAGCCCCCCAGCUUCCACACAAAUACAGAGCGUGCAUCUCAACGAAUUCCAAUCACUCUUAAUGCCUACAAUACAAUCGAGGCGAGACGAAACUUGACACUUUUACGCGAGUGCGUUCGUAAGGUAGAUGCUCAUCUCAAUAAUGCACAGCGAAUCUUUGACAAUGUCGAAGAAGCUCAAUUCUUCAACAUACACAAAACUUCCAGCGACCCUGAUUCUUCUCACGCCUCCGGCUGGGACGACGUCUACGCUACCCAUGGUGAUCCAAGUGCGAUCGAACAAGAUUGGUGCGGAAGGGGCUUUGAUGCCCAGUUUUUGCGGAACGAGCAACUGCCUCUCGAGCAUAUACGAACGCUUGGCUAUGGGCUCACCGGCGAAGUCGUGCAAGUCACGUGCAAAGGCAUCAACUUGGCACUAAAGAAAAUAUGGCAGCGGCAAGGUCCGAAAGACUUUUUGAAAAAGGAAAUUGAAGUUUUGAAGGAUCAAAGCCACCAUCACAUCGUACGACUUGUGGGAACCUAUUUUCAAUCCCCUUAUCUUGGCCUCUUGAUCUGGCCCGUGGCACACUGUGAUCUCGCACAUUUCUUGACUUUGCUAGAUGUGGCGGCGUAA